AUUCUUCAAGAGAAACUUAAUGAAAUGAGCUGUGAACUGAAGUUUGCUCAGGAGUCAUCUCAGAAGCAAGAUGGUACAAUUCAGAGCCUCAAGGAAACCCUGAAAAGCAGGGAAAGUGAGACUGAGGAGUUGUACCAGGUGAUUGAAGGUCAAAAUGACACAAUGGCAAAGCUUCGAGAAAUGCUGCACCAAAGCCAGCUUGGACAACUUCAUAGCUCAGAGGGUGCUUCUCCAGCUCAGCAACAGGUGGCUGUGCUUGAUCUUCAGAGUGCUUUAUUCUGUAGCCAGCUUGAGAUACAGAAGCUCCAGAGGGUGGUACGGCAGAAAGAACGCCAACUGGCUGAUGCCAAACGGUGUGUGCAAUUUGUAGAGGCUGCAGCACGUGAGACAGAACAGCAGAAAGAGGCUUCUUGGAAACAUAACCAGCAAAAGAUGCCACAGACAUUUGAAGAUAAAUAUAAGAUUUGUUGUCAUCUGUGUUUAACUCAACUUACUUAUCUUGCUGUUUCUUCCUAGCCCAUAACCGAAGAGUUACUCAAACAACAAAAGUUGAAUUCAAAUGAGACCAUUAUAACUCAUCAGUCUGUACCUGAUUCCCGCUUGGCAGAAUUCCAGGAAAAAAUCCAGCAAACAGAAGCCACCAACAAGAUUCUUCAAGAGAAACUUAAUGAAAUGAGCUGUGAACUGAAGUUUGCUCAGGAGUCAUCUCAGAAGCAAGAUGGUACAAUUCAGAGCCUCAAGGAAACCCUGAAAAGCAGGGAAAGUGAGACUGAGGAGUUGUACCAGGUGAUUGAAGGUCAAAAUGACACAAUGGCAAAGCUUCGAGAAAUGCUGCACCAAAGCCAGCUUGGACAACUUCAUAGCUCAGAGGGUGCUUCUCCAGCUCAGCAACAGGUGGCUGUGCUUGAUCUUCAGAGUGCUUUAUUCUGUAGCCAGCUUGAGAUACAGAAGCUCCAGAGGGUGGUACGGCAGAAAGAACGCCAACUGGCUGAUGCCAAACGGUGUGUGCAAUUUGUAGAGGCUGCAGCACGUGAGACAGAACAGCAGAAAGAGGCUUCUUGGAAACAUAACCAG